AUAAAAGACAGUCAGACAGGCAAUACCCACACCAGGGAGACACAGCUAAUACAAACAGGCUUGAGAGUGGAUUCAUACCAUGUUUUAAAAAGGCAGGGCUCAAAACUACUUCAUUUAUAAACUCUGUGCUCACCAUAUCAAUCCAAAGCUCUGACUGGAUAUCAAUUUGAGGCAAAGAAACCAUCUAAACACUAAUGAGUGGGACCAACUCCUCUGCCUACCGAUCGGAGCGCAGUUACCACCAGACGUCAUCCUCCUCAUCUUCAUCCUCAACUUCAACAAACCCAUACAUGGAGAAGAGCCGGGGACUCUUUGCUGAGGACUUUGGAUCUUUCAUGUGUCCAAAAGAUGCUUUGGGAUUUCCAAACAGAACAGGGACAGUUGGGAACGUCAAGACUCUGGGAGACACAUACCAAUUCACAGUGGAUGUCCAAGACUUCUCACCUGAGGAUGUGAUAGUCACCACCUCAAACAAUCAGAUUGAAGUUCAUGCUGAAAAGCUUGCUGCUGAUGGGACAGUGUUGAACACUUUUACCCAUAAAUGCCAACUACCAGAGGAUGUGGACCCCACCUCGGUCAAGUCAUGUUUAGGGGCUGAUGGGACUCUCACUAUAAAAGCACAGAGAAACACUGCAAAACUAGAGCAUGCACAGACGUUCCGCACAGAGAUCAAAAUUUAGAUCUUUCCCCUCUUGCUGUAUCUGUUUCCCUGUGAUAAAUGACCUUGAAAAUAUAGCUACUUAGUCCUGCUUUGUCAUUCCUCCAUGACCUUCUCUCAUUUCUUCUCAUUAGACUUGGAUGGAAUUUAAUCCUGUCAUAUGUAUUCAAAACAUUCAAGACAAAUGCACUGCUAACGUCAAUUCCCUGCUAUCUGCGUAUCACCUUACAGUAUACAUACAGUGGGAUCCAAAAGUCUGAGACCACAUUGAAAAUCUGUGAUUCAAAUUUUAAACUUAGAAAGAAAGAGAACAUUUUGGGAUUUUGAGAGUAGAAAAGAAAAAUUAUGUAUAUUUAAAUUAAUAAGAAAUGUUUUGGAUUCUGCACUAUUUCUGUGACACUAAUCAUGUGACUCUUUGUACAGGCGGUUAGAUGUUCUUGGUUUCAUUUAAGCUCAAGAUGUUUUUUCAGUCAUUAUCCAGUUAUGCUGGAGAACAUGAUCAUCAGGUUUGACACAAACUUGUCGAGUUUAUGCAGCUCGAAUGCUGCUAUCAUUAAAGGAAAAAGGACUAACCAAGUUUGCUAUCUUUUCAAGAUAUUGUUGAAAAAAGUUAACUUAUCACAUUUUUGGAGCCUACUGUAUGACAAACAAUCAAAACAAAUGAUGCAACUAAUUCCCAAAUGGCGAAAAACCUUAUUGUUAUCAAAAGGUACAUUUUCUAAAUGUAAAAUUGUGUUGUGUGAUUAAAAUGCUACUUUAAAACAGAAUAAAACCAGGACGCCUUUGAUGAAUA